AUAUUGCGUAGGCAGGGAACCAGACAGAUCAACAAAAAGACCGGUUGCUUUGAAAAUAAGAAAGGCAGAGAAUUUGGGGGAACGAAAUUAUUUGCAAGGAAGAAUGGAAACAAAUGAAGAGUUGGACGAUGAGUUUGACCAGUGUCUGGUGAAAAUGAAGCCUCAUGUUUUGCGCCUCUCUCCUAAAUCGGAGAGACAGAGAUGUGCAAAUUGGAUUAAGAAGCUUUGUGAACCACCAGGCUCUGGGCCCACUGCAAGGAAGAACAGGAACUCGUAUGCCAGUCUGUUGCUUCACAUGCUGCAGAAGGGUCUCGUAGAGGGCCCAUUUGCCCAUAAACCGCAACCCGGACCACUGGCUACAUUACCUGCCCAUAUGUCCAUUUACUUUGAUGAGCCCGGGCACGUUUCAUUCCCUGCGAGUGCUGAGAGCGGUGCGAAAUCUCUACCCGACUGGGUCUAUGGUGAACUCAGUGAUAACAGUUCCAGCUCUGUCACUCAGCCCACUGCGACCUCAACAUUACAGGAGAGAUAUCAUGGCACUACUGGCUCCUGGACCCACAGGAGAAGCCGAACCGAGAAUGGUGUAGUGUCAGCAACUGCAGCUGGAGACAAGGACUACCACAGUCAUGUAGACAAGACACGGAGAGAUGCCAAUGAAGAGAUGUUUGCGUAUGACUCCAGUGGCAUGUCUCCAACAAAGACAUCUUUUCGAGCCAAUAGUUCGCUCAAAGAAGGAACAAUGAUGCGGAGACAACAUGAGAAGGAGUUAGAGAUGAGGAAACAGAUGAUGGAAGCUCAACACCAUGAAGAGAAGUUACGGUUACAACAGCGACAUGAUGAAGCUAUACAGAAGAUUCUUGAUCGCAAGAACUCUGAGAUGGAGGACAUGAAGAACCACUACCGAAGCAAGAGCAAAGAAAUGGAUACAACGAUCAGGAAACUAGAGAGAAAAGUUCAAACCCUGGUGAAAGAAUCAGCUAUGAUACGUGACAGCAGGGACCAGCAAAUUGCAGAGCUCAAGAAAAUGGUAGAACACAGCGACCAGUCAACUCAGAAUGAAUACGAAACAAAGCUCCAUGAAAAGACUGCCGAGUUCGAGCAGGAGAAGUUUGAAAUGCAGAAACAGCACACCAAAGCAAUACAAGAAAUCUUAGACGAUACCAACGUUAGACUGCACAAGAUGGAGACCGAGUACAGCGAGCAGGUCGACCAGCAUGCUGAAGUUAUCAGAGACCUAGAGGCCAGGAUAACGCAAAUAAGCCAGGAAUCGGAGAAGCACAACAGAGCCCAGGCUGAACAGGGACGAGAGAAAGCCGAGUUGGAGAGGAGAAACAUGCUACUGAGUGCUGAGCUUGAAAAUAUCAGGACCAGGUAUGCUGAGGUUGAGAAGGCAGCUGAACAAGCCAGAGAUGACCAGGAGAUGGAAAUGAGAUCCAUGAGAAACAAAACAGACGCCAGCAUUGAGUUCAUGAAAACAGAACACAGCUUGUCUCUUGCCAAGUCUGUAGAUACAAUUCGUGAGCUGGAGCAACACAUACAGGACUUGAAGCAACAGUUGCAAGAUAGCGAACACCGAAGACAGCGUGAACUAAGGGAUCUGGAGUCCAUGCUUAAACAGGACAAGCUGCAUCAGGAAAAUCUUCACGAGAAGCAGAUAAUGAGCUUGAGGUCCGAGCUGGAAGGAGAAAGACAAGACAAUCACAACAAGAUCCUGAAACUCCAACAGACAAUCAGGGACAAGGAUGAACAAUUAGAGAAAUUUGCUGAACUGCGGAAGAUGCAGUCGCAGAAAGCGGAGAAGGCCCUGGAGGAGUUCAAGCAGCAAGUAGAGCAUAACUCCAGCAGGAUGUUUGACGACAUGAAGGCACAGAUGCAGAAAGUAGAAGCCGACCUCCUCCAGUCCAAGGAACUCAGGCAGACGCAGACUAGAGAGUAUGCAAGACAGCUGGAACAAGAGAGGAAACGAUUUGAGAAGCAGCUUUCUGAUCAGGAGACAUCACACAUUGAGAAGGUAACCCAGCUAGUCCAGCAACAGCAGAUGGAACGGGAAUCGAUGCAGCAGGAACACGAACGCAUCCUGGCAGUCACCACAGACAGGCUACAGGGCAGGGUAGAUGAAGAACAUAAGCAGAGUUUACAACGGCAAGACAGGGAUACAGCGAUGAUAAGAGGGCUUGAACAGCAAGUUCGUGAGCUGAGGGAGGCCAAUAUGCAGAGUGAGUCCCUACGAAAACAGCAGCUAGUGGAACUAGGGCUGCUCAGAGAAGAAGAGAAGCAGAGAGCGCAACGGGAAAGUGAGACAGCAGUUUCCACACUGAAGUCGGAGAUGGAACAGCAGCGAUUAAGAUUACAAAGAGACCACAGUGCUGAAAUAGAACAAAUGUUACAAAAAACCAACUCAAGACUGAAAGACAUAGAGAAAGAUUACAAUGAACGACUGACCAAGACUGCUGAGAAUAACAGGCAGUUAAACGAUACAAUAGAGACAUUGCGACAGGAGUCUAGUAGUUGUAGGAAUGACUUAGAGAGACAGAUGACGGAUGCGAUCGCAAAGCUAGAAGAUGAGAAAGAACUCCUUAAGAAACAACAUGCUGCUUACCUCAAGACAUUGCACCAAGAUCUGGAUAAGCAGAGGAGCCGAGCAAGACAGAUGGAGAGAGACUUACAACAGAAAGAUUUCCAGCAUCAAGACCAGAUGACCCACUUGAAGCAAGAUAACGAGAAUAGAAUGCGAGGGUUUAUGCCUCUGAGUGUUAGACAGGAGCUUGAAGACACUAUUGAAUCAUUGAAGUCUCAAGUGACCGCCCUACAACAGACGAGUAUAGUACUACAAGAAGAGCUCGAUAUGAACAGGAAGUAUCCCUCUAAUGUGCGAUCACCUUCCAGGAAUUGAGGAACUGAAAUGUGAGGCGUUCUGGCAAAAGGAGACGGAACAGCAGCCGAUUUCACG